AGAAUAAUGGAAUGGCGGAAAGUGAAGCUUGUUCUCCUACAGCGUUAAAAACAUUUUUACACAGCUGAGUUUGGAGUUUUGUUCCGAACUUCCUCUGCAUUUCGACACUGGAGACGAUUCACUGGAAUGAAACCUGGUUCCCUGAGCUGAAGAAUGAAGAGUCCCGGUUGCGUUUUUGAGCCGUGUUCCAGAUCAGAGCACUAAGGAAACACUGUUACACUCAGCUGCCUUCUCUGAACGUUGCCAGCAAAAACAAUAAGCAUGGACGAGCACUCCAACUGCCCUAAUGUUAGCAUUCCCUGCCACAAUGAGCAAAGAGACAAGAAGAAACGCUACACUGUUUACAAAGUGAUUGUAAAUGUUGGAAGACAUGAGUGGUUUGUUUUCAGAAGAUACGCAGAAUUUGAUAAACUGUAUAAUACAUUACGAAAACAGUAUCCUGCUUUGAAUUUGAAGAUACCUGCGAAGAGAAUAUUUGGGGACAACUUUGACCCAGAGUUUAUAAAGCAAAGAAAAACAGGCUUACAUGAGUUCAUUCAGAAGAUCGUGUCCCAUCCACAGCUCAGCAGCCACCCUGAUGUCCGAGAUUUUCUUCAGAUGGACAAAUCAAAAAACUUCUCAGAUGCCUCAGAUGAUGAAGAUGAGAGGAAUAACUCUACAUCCAGAAAUAUCAACCUCGGACCAUCUGCAAAUCCCCAUGCAAAACCCACUGACUUUGAUUUUCUAAAAGUGAUCGGAAAAGGGAGUUUUGGAAAGGUUCUACUUGCAAAGAGGAAACGAGAUGGGAAGUGUUACGCAAUCAAAGUCCUGCAGAAAAAGAUCAUUUUAAAAAGAAGAGAGCAAAAACAUAUCAUGGCUGAGCGCAAUGUGCUGCUGAAGAACAUCAAGCACCCAUUUCUAGUAGGAUUGCACUACUCCUUUCAGACGAAAGAUAAAUUGUAUUUUGUCCUGGAUUUCAUCAAUGGGGGAGAACUUUUCUUCCACCUUCAAAAAGAGAGAACAUUUGCUGAGCCCAGAGCAAGGUUCUAUAUUGCUGAGAUGGCGAGUGCUUUAGGCUAUCUGCACUCUCUUAACAUUGUUUACAGGGAUUUGAAACCAGAAAAUAUCCUGUUGGACUACCAAGGACAUAUAGUCUUGACAGAUUUUGGGCUUUGCAAAGAGGGGAUGUCUCAAGCCGACACAACUACUACAUUUUGUGGGACACCUGAGUAUUUGGCUCCGGAGGUCUUAAAAAAACAGCCGUACGAUAACACUGUGGAUUGGUGGUGUCUGGGAUCUGUACUGUACGAGAUGCUCUACGGCCUGCCUCCGUUUUACAGUAGGGACACGCAUGAAAUGUACGACAACAUCCUGCAUAAGGAGCUGUCGAAGCGACUUGGCGUGUCCAUGGCUGCCUGGUCCAUCUUGCAGGCUCUGCUGGAGAAAGACAACACCAGGAGGCUGGGAUACAAAGAUGACUUUAAUGAAAUCAGAAGCCAUGAAUUUUUCGCCUGCAUUAACUGGGACGACCUACUGCAGAAGAAGAUCCCACCUCCAUUUAACCCCAAUGUGGAGUCAGAUUAUGACAUUUCAAACUUCGAUCCCGAGUUCACAGAUGAAAUGGUCACCAGUUCGGUGUGUGUCUCCACAGAUCAUUCCAUUGUCAAUGCCAGUGUCAUGGAGGCUGAUGAUGCUUUUCUGGGCUUUUCCUACGCACCACCUUCAGAUGACUCUUUUCUGUAGAAAAAAAUCACAAGAACACUUCUUUGCCUGUUCUGUUUUAACAAAAGGGAACAAAGCCCACUGGAGGACCUAAAAGGUCGUACUGUUGACAGAAGGACAGACAUAUAUUGAUGCAGGGUUCUUCAGAUCUAUAUUUUUAAACUUCUGACUACAGAUUUCUAUUUUGUAUAGUACUGUUAUUCCUGACAUGCAGCUCAGGAUUAUUUUCUAUGGUGGCAGUUUGUGUCAGGGUUAUGAACUUUAAAACAGUGCCUUUGUUAUACUUCUAACUGUAUAGGUCAGAUAUAUAAUAAUGAACUUGAUUAUUGCUAAUUAUAAACUUAGUGCACUUAUAUUUGUUUAUCCUCAUCCUUAUAUGAAAAAUGUCUUAUGGAUUAGUCUGAGAUAUUUUUUUUUGUUGUUGGAAAACUGCAGGUUUUGCAAAAAUUUGACCAAAGAUGCUGUGUUUUAUAAUAACCUAAUGAUUAAAAGCUAA